AUGGCAGAGAUGUGUGUACCCAAGGAACCAGGUGGCCAUGAUGAGGCUAAGCCCCCAUUCUGGGGUGAUGGUGGGGAGGGCAGAGCUCCAGGGUCCUGCGAGAGUCCAGAGGAGAGGGAGAUAUUUCAAGGCCAGAGAUCAGCUGAGAAAGACCCUAGGCUGUCCAGGAGCUUAAGAAGCUUGCCAGGGUGUCUGACCCGGGCUCCUUUGUCUCUGAUGCUGCUCCUCGUCUCGUUGGGUAUCUUCAUGCUCAUGCUAAUCACCUUGGUUAAAGUCUCCAGGAUCCAACAAUCCCUGCCAAGAGAGAUGGACAAUCAAGGGAGCCACAGUCCGGUGGUUGUUUUGCAGGAGCUGAUGCAGUCAGACUUGGAGGAGAUCCUCCAGCAGUUGACCACGAUGAACGCCACCCUGGCUGGCCUGUGCCGUCCCUGUCCCUGGAAUUGGGACUUCUUCCAGGGAAGCUGCUAUAUGUUCUCCCAGAUUCAGGCCACCUGGAAAGCUUCUGUCUCUGCCUGUGAGGACAUGAGGGCCCAGCUGGUGGUCAUUAACAAUGCUGAGGAGCAGAAAUUCCUGAAAUCUUGGAAUGCCAGAAUUAAUAAACGCACCUGGAUCGGCCUCAGUGACCAACACAAUGAAGGUUCCUGGCAUUGGGUGGACAAUACCCCCAUCCAUCUCAGCUUCUGGAAAGAAGGGGAACCUAACAAUCACGAAGAUGAGGACUGUGUGGAAUUGGAUGGUGAAGGCUGGAAUGAUAGCAAAUGUAGUGCAGAAUACUUCUGGAUCUGUGAGAAGCCCUCAGCUGUGUGCCCAGGCCUCUGA